AUGGAUAAAAACGGCAAAAAUUGUAACAAAAUAUCUGGUUACCUAGAGAAGAAAGGAAAGAAGAAAAUGAUCACAUCGUACAAGAAGUACUGGUUCGUUUUGGAAGGCGGACUUCUACUUUACUACCGAUCGAAAGACGACUACGAGAGUAUUUCACCCUGUAAAGGAUCCAUCAGCCUUGGUCCACCAUGUAUAGUUAAGCCAGGUGCCAAUCUUGUUGGAGUUUUUCAAAUACAAACUAGGACAGCAACUGUAACAUUGAGGGCAGAAAACCUGGAGGAACAAAACCGAUGGAUGCAAGCGAUUAUAGCCGAAAUGCAUCCCAAUAAAACCAGCAACAGGAUGAGCCACUUCAGAUACUCAAUGGAGAAUAUCCCACAAUCCAAAGAUCAACUAAGAAACUCCACGCCCGAGUCAGAAUCUUCUCAGAACUCCAGCGAGGAUAUUAUUCACAGACUUCAAAAAAUGGGAGCUCAAUCAUAUUGCAAUCCAAAAGAUACUUUGAGUAAAAUGGCUUCCCGGAAAAAAGAGAGGACUGCACUACACUACGAAUCGGAUGAAGAUGUAGAUUUAAGACCAAAAGCCGAAGAAUCAAAAUCGGUAGAACAUAUUUACGAAAGAAUAUCAGGCGAAUAUUUGGACAAAUUAAAUAAAGAUAUUGUGAUCGACAAAACGGAGAUAGAAAAUAUUGUACAAAAAGCAAUGACUUUACCAAAUCAAGGCGUUAAUACUUUAAGGAUAAAAUCAGAAGAAAAUAAAAGAAAAACUUAUAUUAUAGAAAAUGAUACGUACGCAAUAAGUAUACAACAAAAAGAAGUACCAAACACAAAUGAGAAAGAAAUCAAGAAAGACGAUAACAAAAGUAAACGUUCUCUAUUUUCUGGUAAAUCGAGACAAGUUUCUAAGUCUCUAGAGACUGCAGAGCAAGACAUAAAAAAGAAAAAGAAGUUAAAACACUCUAGAUCUUUUUUCAUGCACAGAAAAGAAUACAAUGAAGACGAUUUUAUUGUGGAAAAUGACACAUAUGCGUCAGUUGAUAAAGCAAACAAACACACACUAGAAGAUCUACCGAGAGACUUAAACGAAAAUGAUGUGAAGAAUGAACUUUUAAAAACAGAAGAAGAAAAUGCCUAUUCCGUACCAUACAGAAACGACGAUAAUAAGACUGAUAAAGUAUAUGAAGAUAUCGUUGAAGAUAAUGUAGAAUACGCCGAACCCAGUCAAUUUCAAAACAAACCAGAAAAGAGUUCCAAAACGAAGAAGAAAAAGUCACACGAAAAAAUUAAGGAAAACGCCGACGAAGAGAAACUGAACAAGAAAGUCAAGAAGAGGCAAAGUUUUAUUAAAAGAGUAUGGAAAAAGAAGGACAAACACAAAGAAAAACAUGAGGAGAAGCUGGAAAAUAAGGAUAAAGUUGAAGAGGAGGAUGAGGAAAUAUAUGAAACUGUACCUCCAUCAGUAGUGGAAAAAGUAGCUGUUACGGAUAAUAAAACAGUUCAGAUGUUAUCCGAGCUGCAGAAUAUAUUGGAACAUAAGAUGCCCAUUAUCAUAGAAAAAUUAAGAUCUCCCACUGGAAGUAUAUCUCCAACUAUAGCAGAAACACAUGAAAAUGUUUUACAAAGUAACGAAGAAAAUGUGACAGAAUCAUCUUGCCCUCUCUUACCACCAAAGUCUCAAAAACAAGAGGCACUGUCGCCUUUCCACGACAUCCCCACCAAUAACAAACCAGUAGCAUUGCCCCCAAAGAGAAGAAACACUGAACCUGUCAAAAGUUUAGACCAGAUCUUGGACGAACUCGACAACGAACAACAGGAAACAAACAAGAAAAACAAAGUUAAAAAACUGAUUAAGAAAUUUAGCGAACCUGAAUUUUACGACAACGAUGUGGUUUUGAGAACCGAAAAGAGUGGCAUCCAAAGGUCUGACGUACAUUCAGAUGAACUGAGUAGGUUGUUAGAAGAGUUAGUGAAAGUUACUAAUGCUCCCAUGCUGAUACCUGGAGUCACUUCUAGUCUUAAUGGAUCUACCUUAAAAGAUGAAGAGCUAUUAAAAUUGUUACCAAAAAAACAAAGACGGUUUUCAGAACCAGAUUAUGAUAUUCCUCGGCCUCACAAGUCACUGACGCUAGUACCGAAAAAAGAAGAUGAAUCCGUGAAUGUUAUAGGCUCUACCAGAUUCUUCGGUCAUGUCUUGAAACCAUCUGGAGUCAUUAUAACAGAAAAAACAAACAAUUCAGGAAGUCUCUCCCAACUCAACAGUUAUACACCAGAUUCCUUAGAAGCUGAUAUAAACAAAAUUGCGGCGUUCCAUCUACAAUCUGGGAUAGAGAAACCCGUAUAUAUACCCAAAUACUACAAAUUUAUCGACAAGAAGUUAAUUGAUCAACCUUCAUCUAUAAAAGAGGAUGUAGGUAGUCCACCUUUGCCCCCGCGAGAGGAAGAAAAUGACAAUAUAGAAAAUUCUAUUUAUAUACCUAAAUAUUACAAGUACAUUGAUAAAAAGUACAGCUCCAACUUUAAAGACAAUGAGAACAAUGACAAAAUCAAUAACAACUGCCCACAGAUACCUGAAAAUACUACAGACUUUUUAAUAGAUAACGAAAUCUAUGCAGAACCUAGGUCGCUUCCACACUUCCAAUUGGAGACUGAUAAACACGUGGAUUAUGAUCAAGAUGACGAAGUUUUUAUAGAUUCGUUAGAAGUUUGUAAAAACGAGGUGUCUACAGAGUUCUAACAGGUUUACUUGACAUUUAAAAGGACAACCAAAGCUGUGUUCACUUUUACAGUACGAAUUAAUUGUUAAUUGAUGUUAUACGCAUUUGGAAACUAACGAAAUAUUAUAUUUGAUACUAAUUUGACUCAUAAACCAGACACUGUAAUCCUAAAAAGGGUUUCACCUUCUCAAGUUACUCAUUCUGUUCAGUUUUAAACUUUGAAUGUUACAAGCACUUUUGGUAUUAUCCAAUAUGUUGCUUUUGACUUUAACAAUGUAACCAGAUAGGUUAGGUCUUGAGGAAAACUGGAAAUUCCACACCAAAUAUUAUACCCCCUACAGGGACAGUGAAAUGACAUAAACAGAGGACGGAACAUCAUUGAUACACCAACACAUCUUCAUUUUUUGAAGUCAUAUUGAUUGUGCACGAACAGUUGAUCUAGAUAUUGCCAGCGAAGUUAUGAACGUCGAGUUAGCACUUUUAGCGCGAAAUUCCAGGAAAAUAUCGCGAUUAAACUAAUAAUAGAACGCCAGGUAGAAUUUCCGAGAUAAUAUAGGACCGCAAGUACAUCCACAUAACAAGACAAAUGUCAAAGAUAUUUCAAAAUUUUCUAGAAUUGGACUUAGGUAUGGGAUUUAAUUUUUACCAACUCUUUUAUAAACGAAAACUUGUUCCUUUAACAUAUUUGAUGUGUUUUUAAAGCAGCGUGUUGUAUAACAAUUCAGUUUUUAAUUGCUGCUUGUAUUUCCCUCAUACUUAACGAUACUUAAAGUAUACUAAGAGAUCUUGCCGCAUUUUAUCUACAUCACCUUCGAAAAAAUAAUUGUACCAUUUUGCUCACAUUUCAAAGCAGAGUACUUGCAUUUUAGUUACCAAAGUACUUUAAUUAAUCCUACGAAUAUGGUAUCAACGUAAAGAAAUCCAAGUAAGUAUAAUAUAAGUAACUGAUUAAUAAGUAUAUGCAAUAAAUUGCUCGACUUUUUUUUCUUGAAAAUAGUCACAAAUUAUACAGUUUAAUACAGUAGCGCAUCUACAAUUUGUCUUGGGAGGUUUUUCGAACUUCCAAUGAGAUGGGUUGAAUUUGUCUGUGGUUUAAGUUUCAUAUCAGCUAAUAUAUUUUUAUGUUCAAUUAUGUUUUUCGUUAAUUUUGGACCUUGUAAAUGUAGAAACAAGUCUGAGAUUUUACCUGACUGCGUAAAAGAAAGGGUAGGAACGUGUUCGAAACACGACAAAUGUACAAUGCGAGUAACUCUCUGCUCUACAGUAGGUUGUAUUUUUAUUUUCAUCUUAAUACCCUUGUUUAAGAUCUUUCGUCUUUGUAUUUCCAUUUUGUUAAAGUUUGCAACCUAUUAUACCUUAUGUCUUAGUUUUUAUAUUUCUUAUUGCAAAUUACACAUUUUAAACAUCAAUUGGCUUUGUUGAUCAGGCUUUUUAAAUAUUUCUAGGAUCUUGACCACAGAUGGCACUGAUUAGUCCCUUUUUAUGUUGGAUCUUAUCAAAUGCCUUUUCAAAGUCUAAAAAUCAUAAGUACAUGGCCUGAUUCAUGUCUGAUAUAUUGGAUUAAAGAGUUCAACCAUUAUAUCAAUAACAUCUUCAUCAAUAAGUUUUAAUAAUUCGAUGGGCACAUUAUCUAGUAAAGUAGCUUCGCCAUCUUUUGUAUUUUUGAAUAAAUAAAUAAUAAAUAAAUAAAAUAAAUGAAUAAAUGACUUUUUCUCGUAAUAUUAGUAGUUCGGUAUGCUCUGUGUUUUCUAAUGACAGUUCUUGUCAUUCAUCAUUACAUAGUUUUUGGAUGUAAUUGGUCCAGUGGCACAAUAUCUCCUUCACAUCAGUAAUAAUACUCCCUUCAAUCCUUCCCAUCAGUCAUUUCUUUGAAUUUUUGUGUAAAUUAGAGCUGUCAUACUUUUUAACGAGAUCUUCUAUUUCCUUGCAUCUGUCGGAGAACCACCUGUCUUUUGCCUCUCGAAUUUUCUUUAUGGUAUUCAUGUUUUGUAUUUAUUCUUGUAUCCAUGAUUUUCUUGGAGCUAGAUUCUUUACAUUCUUUAGUUUCACUCUUAUCAACAAAACAACCGGGUUGUGAUCGAAGGAUAUGUCCGCUCCUGGAUAAGUUUUGGAUGAUAUUAUGGAAUUUCUAUAUCUUCUGUUGACGAUAAUUUAAUCUAUUUGAUUUUUGACUAUUUCGUUGUUAUUGCCAACUGGUGACCUCCAUGUGUAUAGUCGAUGUUUAAGAAGUUUGAAAAAGGCAUUUGCAAUUAUGAAUUCCUAAUUGAUACAGAAGUCAACCAGCCUAGCCUAUCGCCACGUUCAUUCCUCUCCCUGAGUCCAUAGCGACCCACACAAUUCACCACAAAUUUUAUUUAUGUAAUAAAAAAUAUUAUAAUGGACGAAGACUCUUGCCGAUGCCAUAAUCAUGUUCAGUGACCUCGAAAAUCCCCAAGUAAUGAGUAAUAUCCUUACCGAAGUACCUUGUGUACUCCGUCUACUUCGGAGUUUUUGCCAGUAUAAUAUUCGUGUUCAGCGACCUCAGAAACCUACCGAAUAACAAAAUUGGACUUAUUUUUAUCAAUAUUCAUUAAGUUAUAUUUUUUUAACUUUGAAUACUUUUAAAUGCACGUUUAAAUGCACAAAUAAUAAAAAUACAUUUUUAAAAUUUAUCUUUCUAAUCCAAAAAUAGUUUUUUCAUUGCUUUCUGAUUAUAUAUGGUCACAAAGUUUGCACAGAUUAUUAUGAAUUGAAUGCCCAAAACCGCAUUCAAAUUCAUAUCACUUUACGGAAAAUCGAUAGUGAAGUACUUCAUUACCUCGACUCAUACAAUGAUUGGUCUUUUUAGCAUUUUGUUUAUUUGGUAUUUGGUAAUAUUAUCAGAUCCUAAAUGGUUAAUUACCCCAGUAUAUAUUUUGUUCACAAUAUGUAUCCUGGGUAUCAUACUUUUCUAUUACCUUGAUACCAUAUUCUUUUGAAGUCUACAAUACCAAAGAUAUUUAGUAUUUUUAGUUUGUGUUUUAUAUAUAUCUUU